AUGACCUUUCUUUCUAAAAAAGAUUCAGCAGGCUCCAGGACUGCCAGCCGGACCACGGAUACCCCGUCUGAGGAAGACUCUGGAGCCCUGAAAACGCCCCAGGACACGUGGGGGAAUAUGGGUGAGGCAACGUCCUCAGAGUGGGAGGAAGACAAGCGACUGGGUGAACAGGGCAGCUCUUCAGAUGAUGAACUUACUAUUCAAACAACAGGGCCUAGAAAGUUUCCAGCGUUCCUCUCUUCACCGACCCUUAAGGCCAGGGAGGAACUGAAGGACAUAGAAAGCCAAACAAGGACCUUCUUUUGGGGAGAAAAGCCUCACCAAUGUCGUGAGUGUGGGGAGAGCUUCAGAGUGAAGCAAGAACUUGCUUUGCACAAGAGAAUCCACUGGCGGGAGAGGCCCUUCCCCUGUGCUGUUUGCGGGAAGAGGUUUACCCGGCUGUACCACCUCACCACGCACCUGCGGAUUCACUCGGGUGAGAAACCUUACCACUGCACCGAGUGUGGGAAGCGAUACGCAGACGCCUCCAAUUUUUACAAGCACCAGAGGAGCCACGUGACUGAGAAGCCCUACCCGUGUACAGACUGUGGGAAAACCUUUGGGGACCCGUCCAAUUUUUAUAAGCACCAGAAGGAGCACCGAGGGGAUAGGCCUUACAUUUGUGACACUUGCGGAGACUGCUUCAGCAAACAAAAGGAUCUCUCUGCUCACCAGAGGAUUCACGAGGAUGGGAGGGUGCCCUCUCUGUAUUGA